AUGAGGGGGCCAAAGUCGGCUGCAACGCGUGAAGCCAUGGAGCUCCACAGCUUGGGUCCAAGGAGGGCGAUCUUCUCUGCGUGGAUCUGUGGAGGGCGGUCUCCUCUGCCUGGAUCCACGUCAGAGGCGUCCAGCGAGCGCUGCCUGCCCCCGCCUCCACGGAACAGUAAGGGAAAUGAUGUGGGCUCCAUGAUUCUGCUCGUUGAGGUAGAGAUUAGGCCUGAAGCUCAGUUGAAGAUAGAUGGAUCCGGUUGA